AUGAGUAUACAAUACUACAUUAUCCUCUUCAAUCUCCUAUUUUUAGAAACUAUGACAUACAAUUUAUCUGUUACAUAAUUAAUGCCAAAGAUUACAGAAAUUAAUCAAACCAUUUCAUAAUUUAAUUCGACUUACAAAUUUAAUACAACGCUUUAAAUAUAAGGAGAAAACUUUUAUUUUCUCAUUGUUGAAAUUUAGUUAACAUCUAAUGUAAAAUCAAGUGUAGCUCUUUUAUAUAAUGAACACAUUCCAACUUCUUUAAUCAACAAAACCAUUCAAUUUAAAGAUAUGGAUUACGAUAGGUAUUUAUUAUAUAAAUGAUCUAGCUACGCACUCAAAAGAUUAAAUCACUAUUUAAUUAUUCCAAACUUUCCUCAUUCUAAAUUUAUUACCAUUCUUAGUGACACUUCAAUUACUUUUAAUUUUACCUUAUAAGGUACAAAUGAAUCAAAAUGUUUCAAUAAUUGCAGCAAAAAUGGAAAAUGUUUUUAAGGGCGAUGUUUUUGUAAAUCUGAUUAUAUCGGAAAAGAUUGUUCAAUUAAAGCAACAGAGUUAAAAAUUUAGAGUUGGUCAAAUCAUACUCUAUCAAAUUAUGUAACUUUUUUUUACUAUAACUAACAAGAAAAGUCAAAGGAGUUAGAUUUAAUAUUUUAUGUAAUCCUUCCAAGUAAUAUUUUAGACUAAUAGCUAAUAAAAUCUUACUAUAUUAGAGAUUGUCUCUUCAUUUAUUCAUAUACCAACCUUGAAAUAUUAUGAUUUCUUAGGUAAAUUUAAUAAGUCAAACCCUCUUUCUUAAAUAAUUAGUUCAAAGGGUUUUUAAGAUCUUGAUGAUGAUGAUUUUCUAGAAGAAGAUACUGAUGAUGAUAAUUCAGAUAUUAAUAAUGGUUUUUUAAUAAUGAAUAAUUUACCUGCUAAAUUAAUAAUAGCAGUUAUAUGUUAAUUUCCAAAUGAAUAACUAUCAAUUUUGUUUUAAAAGAGAUAGACUUAAAGAGAUAAACUAGAUUAUUUAAAUUGGUUAAUAGCAGUCUCUAUUAUUGGUUUUUUAUUCAUCGUGUUAGGAGCUAUCUGGUUGAAAUUUACUUGUGAUAAAUAAAAAAAUUUUGAAAAUCAAUAUUCAAAAGUUUAAACAACAACUAAUGAUGAAAUAUGCGCAAUAUGUUAAACUAAUCUAAAAAUAGAAAAAAAUACUAUUUAUAAAUCUAAAGUAUGUUAAAAUAACCAUCUUUUUCAUAAGAAAUGUAUAAUUAACUUUUUUGAUAAGAACUAAAAACUUAUGUUAUGCCCAACCUGUCCUUAAAUUAUUAUUAAUUUAAUGGAAGCACCCAAUAAUUGA